GUUCGGAUGCAUUUAUCACUGGACACCAUGAGCAUGGUGGACGACAGCUGCCUCUCGCCCAGCAACUUCCACGAAAUGGGGAAAGGCGGGGGCGCCGCAGUCGGGGGCCGCGUCCACAGCAUCGAUGUCAUCCUGGGCUUCAAUAAAGACCAGGACCCCUUGCUAAGUCCUGCCGGGCCCAUGGGGCCCCAGAAGAUGGGCAUAGAUGGCCUGGGAAAUCAUGUGAAGCAGCAGGAGUCCUUGUCCCACCCGUCCUACAGCGGACACCUGAGAAACAGCAGCUCACAGCAGCAGCAGCAGUACCAGGAUGCUGGUUUGUACACAAACAAGAGUGACGAAGAGCUGGGUGAGCUCAGGAAAAAUGUGGAGAGCGAUGAAGGCAAGUCACCUGAGUCAUGCAAGGAUGAUCAACCCAAGAAGAAGCACAGACGCAACCGCACCACCUUCACCACCUACCAGCUGCACGAGCUGGAGCGCGCCUUCGAGAAGUCCCACUACCCAGACGUCUAUAGCAGGGAGGAGCUGGCCAUGAAGGUGAACCUCCCUGAAGUACGAGUCCAGGUCUGGUUUCAGAACCGCAGAGCUAAAUGGCGUCGGCAGGAAAAAAUGGAUGCCAGCACCAUGAAGCUUCAUGACUCCCCCAUGCUGUCCUUCAAUCGCCCGCCUCCGGUUCACACCAGCAUGGGUCAAAUAACCAACUCCCUCCCGUUGGAUCCCUGGCUGACGUCUCCCCUGUCCAGCGCCACACCCGUCCAGUGUAUCCCAGGCUUCAUGGGUCCAGCUCAGGCCCUCCAGCCCAGUUAUCCCAGCCAUGGAUUCCUCAACAGCGCCCCCCAUGCUCCUCACCCGCACGUUCACCCCCAUCCUCCGUCGGGGCAGGGGAUGCAGAGCAUGGCUCCCCCACCUUACCAGUGUCCAGCCCCGUACUCCGAUAAAUUCCCCCUGGAAGACGUGGACCAGCGCAGCUCGAGCAUUGCCGCUCUGAGAAUGAAAGCCAAGGAACACAUCCAGUCCAUGGACAAGACCUGGCAGCCCAUGUGACUAACUGACAGUCCAUGUGAGGGACAAUCCUGGCACAAAGCAGACAAUGAAAACUCCUGUCAUGCCUGCUCGGCCACAAAAUUGAAGUGAGACUGAGCUGUGAAAACUGAAGAACAUUUUUGGUACUUUCUUUUCUUUUUAACUUUUUUCUCAUCUCCAAGACUUAAAAGUGAAACCAUGUGUGAGAUAACCAAUAACAUUAUUGGUUAUCUCUUCUACCUGUUGAUGUUUGGUGCCUUGGGUGCAACAAAUUCAGAAAAACCAACUAUGGUCAUCAUAGCUUGCACCCAAGAAACUACUGUAAUUCACUGUUUUUAAUUAAACAUGCUUUUUAAAAACUCACAGACAAAUUAAUUCUCACAUUUUAUGAACAUACUUGGGUGUCUUACAAAAGUAUCUACACCUCUUGAACUUUUUUAGAUUUUGUCACGUCAUAGCCAUAAAUUUCAGCAUUUUAUGUUG